GAAUUGAGUCGGUUGACCUAACUUAGACACCUGUCAUCGUCGUCUGGUGCGCACAAAUCUGCACAUUUCUUUCACCUUCUCCACUGUUUCUUUCCUUCUCCGUCUACGCACUUCACCAGCUUUUCCAAAAAUAUCUUUGCUCUUCAUCAUUAGCAACCCAGAAGAAAGAAAGGGCGACCCAUUGUUUGGGAUUUUGGAUCGGAUUCCCUUUCGUGAGUUGGUGGUAGAGACUAGAGACGCUGAAUGAUGCUGGGUCUGGGUGGAUUCAUGGAAGAAGCUGAUAAUUGAGAAGAAAUUUUCUGAGCGACAGAUUUGAUAACAGAAGUCAAGGAGAAUGAGAACGUUGUGUGAUGCUUGCGAGAGCGCCGCCGCCAUACUCUUCUGCGCCGCCGACGAGGCUGCUCUUUGCCGUGCUUGCGAUGAAAAAGUCCAUAUGUGUAACAAGCUUGCCAGUCGACAUGUACGAGUUGGGCUUGCUGACCCCAACAAAGUCUCACGCUGUGAUAUAUGCGAAAAUGCACCUGCUUUCUUUUACUGUGAGAUAGAUGGAAGUUCACUAUGUUUGCAAUGUGAUAUGGUUGUUCAUGUUGGUGGCAAAAGAACACAUGGAAGAUAUCUUCUUGUAAGGCAGAGAGUCGAGUUUCCUGGGGAUAAAUCUGGACCAUUAGAUGAGCCAGUGGCGCAACCUACCGACAUAAAUGAGCCAAAGUGGGAGCCAAACCACCCCUUCAAGAUGAAAGAUAGUGCGCCAAGUAGCAGAGAACUGGGUGCCACUUUUCUAGACAAAAAUGCUGAAGUUGGCAGAAAAACGGAGAACAAACUGAUUGAUCUCAAUGCUAGACCUAAUAGAAUGCAUGGUCAAGCUUCUGCUAACCAUCAGGGACCCGGAAUUGGCGGCCUUACUGAUAACAAUCACGAGUCAGACCGUGUAAUGCAUAUCGGAUCACUUAAAAGAGAGUCAUAAAAAGUGGUUCUGGCAUACUCUGACUGCCCUGGAAAGGAGAGAUGGAGGAUUGAAGGGAAAAGAUUAAAGGAUGAUAAGUGAUACACAAUGCAGCUACAUUCAGAUUUGAAGAUGUACGAAAAAACUUGGAUUGACAACACUUAUGUUGCCACCUCUGGUUCCUGAGAAUAAAUGAUGAGUCAUAUGUUCAAUCAAAAAUUAUUAUUAACAGAAACACUUAGAGUAGUUUUGCAAAAGAGUAUUGUAGAUUCCAAACCGUGGGUUUUCCUCGAUUAUUUUAAACAAAAGUUUGCAGAUGGUGAUAUUGUUGCAUACUUGCAUGUUACUAUACAGUUUUGGGAUACAUUG